AUGAAAUCCACCAUCACCGCAGCAGACUCGGCAGCCCUCGCCGCGGCCACCGCGGUGGCAGCCGACAAGAGCACGAGCGGCACCGUGCGCAGCUCCAUCGCGCAGGAGAUCCAGUUCGUUCUAGGCGGGCGCCUGCCGUUCGUGAAACGCAUCGAGACUCUGGUCCGGGGUUACGUCUGCGUGUCCAUGUUCUUCCUGAUCCGUUACGGCAUUCUCGAGUGCGGCGUUGCUCCCACGGUGGGAGCCUUCGCGGUCAUGUACUUCGUGCUGGACUUCUACUCCGGGGUGCUGCACGUGGUCCUCGACGACGAUUGGAACAUGAACGUGCCGCUCCUGUCGCAGCCGGCCAUGGAGUUCCAGUACCACCACCACAUCCCAGACGACGGCUGCUCCCGCCCUUUCGUGGAGGGCAUGGGAGACCUGAACUUCAUUGUCGGCCUGCACCUGGCGCUCUUCACCGCGCUCUUCGUGAGAGGAGGGAGCCAGGACUUCAUGCUGCUCACGGCGGGGGGCUGGAAGAUGGUGCUGGCUUACUGGGGCAUCUGGAACCACCGCCAGGCUCACCAGCUGAAGAGCAAGCGGCCACGAUGGUGCACCUACCUUCAGAACAACGGUAUCAUGCUCUCGCCCGCAGCCCACAAGGUGCACCACACCCCUCCCCACGACGACGAGUACUGCCUCCUCGGGGUCACCACCUGGCCGGUAACCUGGCUCGGACGCCGGAACCUGGGGUCGAUAUUUUGGAUCGCCCUGUUCUUGGGGCUUACCGCUCUCGACACGAUUUGUGCGUCAAGGCUGCUGUCGAUGGUGUUCGCGCGAUAA